GUCAUUAAACUGUCAGACAUUGAGCUGGACCGACAUUGCAGAAGACUACCGACUGACUGGUCUACAAAUAACCUUGCUUCAUAAAAAAAACUACUCAUUAUUAUUUGUAGAUCAGUCAAUCGUUCACCAUUUACCCACAAUGCAUCAUGGACAUAAUCCUCUCAAACACGGCCAUGGACUUUAAAGGCUAAAACAUGGUUGAAAGUGCAAACAAUUUCUGUAAGUAUUUGUCUUGAGUACGCAGCUGUCACAAGCCGAAUGAAACAGCUAACGUGGAAUCGUAGCCUAGUGUGUAAGUGGGGGUUGAUGUUGUAGUAGUCUGUCUCAAGGACGUGGAAAUAGCAAGACAAACUCCAGUAGCGAGCGAGAAGGGGACUCGGAUGAAUUGUUAGCUAACGUUACGGAUAGCUUAGAGUGGAUAUCAAGUAUGUCUUGACUACAAAAUACUUAUCGACAUAUCCACCGCAGUACACGAUUUUCAGGCCUCGUCCAAUGGAAGAUGGUGUAGCUAGUUCCAUAAUCUCUAAAACUCAUCUGACAGCUACGGCAAAAGGGGGAUAUUUUCUCGAUUGAAGGGAAUAUAUGGGAUCGCAAGUUUCAUCGGAUGAGAUGAGUGUGCGCGGGGGGCAGGGUAGUGACGAGGUGCUGGUGUCCCAGGCGGUGUGGGACUACCUGGCUGCCGCCGGCCAGCCCUGGCUCAUAGACUUUCAGGACAAGCAGGGCUUGAGCGCCGGCAUCAUCCGCCGAGGUGAGCGGGGAGGCUGCUGCGCAGUGCGGCUACGUCCCAUAGAGGGAUCCCGUUCUGGGGGAGGACCCGGGAUGAUGGAGGAAGGACCCAUCUCCAACGAGACCCGCAAGGCCUUCAUAGACUUAUGCCGCUGCGCCCGCAAAGAGAUGAGCAAACAGGAUGGGGGUCCUAAACGGAAGAGGUCCCUGCUGCCCUGCGUUGGGGUGGGGGUCCUGGAGGGGGAUGGAGAGGGGAGCCUGCUACCACCUCAGCCUCCCCAGCCCAGACGCUCUCAGAGGCAGCAACAGAGAUAUAAGAAGCCUGCGGAGGAAGAGGCCUGUGUGGUCCUCUCCAACUCCACGUCCCACAACGAAUCCGGACAGAGGAAGAAGGACAACAUGGAGGUCAGCUGCAGUAUGAUGGCCUCCUCUCAUAACCAAUCCCACAGUGAGGCAGACGACUACACCUCAUGUUCCAUCUGCAUGGGCGACAUGGUGGAGAGGACCACACUGGAGAGGUGCGGCCACGCAUUCUGCCGGUUGUGUCUAGACCAGGCCUUCAAGGUGAAGAGAGCGUGUCCUGUGUGUCGUCAGGUGUACGGCCAGCUCAUAGGGAACCAGCCGCCUACCGGGUGUAUGAUGGUGGAGAGGGACCCAGAUCUGGAGUUGCCAGGACACGAGGGUUAUGGGUGUAUCUGCAUCAUCUACAGCUUCCCACCUGGUUUACAGGCGCCGGAGCACCCUAACCCGGGGGUGAGGUACCCUGGGACGGACCGCGUGGCUUACCUCCCAGACAGCCCAGAGGGGAACCGGGUCCUGGGCCUGCUUCGCCGGGCCUUCGAACAGCGCCUCAUCUUCACCAUAGGGACCUCCAUGACCACAGGAAUGCAUAAUGUCAUCACCUGGAACGACAUCCACCACAAGACCUCCUUAUGGGGCGGACCACACUGCUUUGGAUACCCAGACCCCACUUACCUGGUGAGAGUGACCGAGGAACUCCGAGAGAAAGGCAUCGCUGCAGACUGACCGUACAGAUUCUAGAAUGAUUAUUCUAGGAACAUUUUAGGAACCUCUGGCUGCCCUGCUGCUGCUGGUGGUUGCUAGGCUGCAGUCUCCUGGACCUAGACCCAGCAGAGCAGCGGAUGAAUACGAGAUGUGACUGGGCCCCACAGCAGCCACAGGAGUACGGCCCAGUGGAGGCCCACAUAUCCCUACAAGACCACUUGAUGGGGUGACUCCUACCUUCCACUUCAGUCGAAUUUUCACUAAUCAUGCAUUGAUGUCAAUUGGAGACCAUUUGACUUAAGUGGAAGUGAACAUUUAUCUAAAGUGGAAUUUAGGAUUCACCCUUAUGUUCCUAUCCUCGUUAUCUAUCUUCCCGAGUUCGGCUCAACCCAGCAGCACUUUGUGUUGAAGAAAACAUACAAAUGAGUGCAGUGCAAUCUCUGUGUGAGCUGUUUUUGGCUCCACUCAUCCAAGUAUUUAUCAUAUAGGGAUUCAUAAUGUGAAGGUACAUACUAGUUAAAUAUUAUUUUGAAACCUAAGUUCAAAGAAGAGUCGUAUUUUGUCUGUUAUGUUUAUUUCCACGCACAUUCUUAAUUUACCUGUUAAAAACACAUGAUUUGUGCUCUGUCCAGUACGCUCUUAGAAUAAUAAUGUUUUCUGUAAUUAUGUUAAUAAUAACCUGUUAUUUACACUGUAUUAAGACAGUACUAGAGAUAGUUGGUGGCAGGCAGAAUAGUACUGUCUGUUUCAAUAGAAAGCUCCUAAAGAAAUAAUUAAAUUUCUCUGAAAGGA